CGGUAGGGUCCCCCGGGCGGCGCGCGCGAAGGUGACACCCGGGCAGGGCAGGGCGAGCCGGGCAGGUGCCCGCGGCGCCCGCGCGGCCUGCGGCGGCCAGCAUGAAAAAGAACCAGACGGUGCAGGGCACCUUCAGCAAACUCUUCGGGAAGAAGCACGCCAGCCCCGGCGCCACCUCCCUCUACGCCACCAACCCGCCCUGGAUUUUCACCCAAGAGGCCCCGGAGAACGCGACCAGGGACUUUGAUGGCAUCUACUAUGGAGACAACCGGUUCGACGCAGUAAGCGAGUCGGGAACGGCCACGCUGAAGGCUCGGCCCAGAGUGCGGCCCCUGUUGACCUUCCUUCCCCUGAAUGCCCAGGAGAACCAUGGGCUGGCCGUGCCCACCCCCUCUGUCCCAGAAGACUUUGCAGACAAGGCCGUGACAGGCACCGGCACACUCGUCAAUGGCAAUCUGCGGCUGUACAGCUCUGUGGGGGACCUCCGGCCUGGGCACUAUGGCCAGGACCCGCUCAUCCCCCCACCACCCCCGGGCCCGGCCCCGCGGCCACCCCAGGACAUUUCACCACCUGCUGUGGAGUCCCCACCACCCCCUCCACCUUCCUUGGCUCCUCCCCCACCUCCCCUGCUGCUGGAACCCCCACCCCCACCCAGCACAGCCCCACCUCCACCCCCCAUAGCCGGGGCCCUGUCCCCCCCAUCCACGCUUUCCUCCCCUUCGACACCCACCCCUCCUGACUUCAUCCCCCCUGCCCCGCCCUUGGCCUUCUCAGCCCCGCCCCCACCCCCCAUGCCAGCCCCCGCACCCCCUGCACCAGUGUCCCCUCACACAACGGGGACCCGUCUCUUUCCCGCUGGGGGCGUCACCAAGUGGAAAUCGGAGGUGGCACUGAAUGGCAGGCAGCCAGAGGCUCCCAGAACCAGCCCCCCCAGGAGCCCUGCUGAGCUAAAGGGGGGCCCCCUGCCACCUAACCCAGAGCCCCACCUCACCUUCCCCCGUGCAUUCAAGGUGCCCCCUCCAACCCCAGCCAGGACUUCAUCCAUCCCAGUUCAGGAAGCACAAGGGACUCCCCCAGAGGAAGAGGGGACCACCAAGAAGACCCCCAGCCGACUCUCACUGCCUCCCACCUUCCACAUCCGCCCCGCAUCCCAGGUCUACCCCGAGAGGGCCCCUGAGCCAGACCACCCUGGGGAGCUCAAGGCAGGGGCACCUGACAGCCCAAGGCUCUGCCAGUCCCAGACCAAUGAGCAAGCCCCCGCCCCGCCCCCUCCUGCACCCCCCCUCCCGCCGCCUGCUCCCCCCCUCCCCACCGCGGCCCCACCCUUGCCUUCUGCUGAGAAGGCAGCCCCUCCACCUGCUGGGUUUACAAAAAGCCCUAAAUCCAGCUCUCCUGCUCUCAAGCCCAAGCCCAGACCCAAAUCCCCCAGCCCAGAAGACACGGCCUCUUCAGCUCCUGUGGACUGGUGGGACCCCAGCCAGAUGGAAAAGCUGCGGAGCGAGCUGGCUGCCUAUCUCUGUGGCUCCAGGAGAGAAGACCGCCCACCGCUGGGUCCUAAGCCGGGCCCAACCGUGUCCUCCCAGGGCAAGGAGGGCAAGAGGGGCCCCAACCUGCCAGAGACCCAGGAGAUCGCCCGCAGUGCUCCUGGGACAAGUUCUCGCAGCGAGGGUGCCAGCCUGGCCUUACCCCCAGUGGACUACAUCCCCCAGGACCCCCCGGCUCCCAGCGUCCAGCAGAUCCGGAACGAGCUGGAGGCCCGGCUUGCCUUGGCAGCAGAGAAGGAAGCCAAGCCCAGCGUAGCCUCUGCGCCUCCCAAAGGGGGAAGAAUCUUUGAAAACGGGGCUAAUGGCAAGUUCCCCAAGCCUGUGUCCACCUCCCCUCUGCCAGCCACACCACUCCAGUCCAAGGUCACACCUGGACCAGCCACAUCACCCAAGGCCACACUUGGACCACCCAAAGCCUCAUCUGGAGCAACCUCACCAACCAAGGCCACGCCUGGAACAGCCACACCACCCAAGGCCACGCCUGGACCACCCAAAGCCUCAUCUGGAGCAGCCAUACCAGCCAAGGCCACGCCUGGAACAGCCACACCACCCAAGGCCACACCUGAACCAGCCACACUAACCAAGGCCACACCUGGACCAGCCACACCUGAACCAGCCACACUAACCAAGACCACACCUGGACCAGCUACACCACCCAAGGCCACACCUGAACCAGCCACACUAACCAAGGCCACACCUGGACCAGCUACACCACCCAAGACCACACCUGGACCAGCCAUACUAACCAAGGCUACACCUGGAGUAGCCACACCACCUAAGGCCACGGCUGGACCAGCUACACCACCCAAGGCCAUACCUGGACCAGCCACACCACCCAAGGCCACGCCUGGACCAGUCACACCACCCAAGGCCACGCCUGGACCAGCCACACCACCUAAAUCAUCACCUGGACCAGCCACCGCAGUCAAGGCCACGCCUGGACCAGCCAGUGCCACAACUCAGCCCACUAUGUCGUCCCAACUGAUGGUGGAGAAGAACCUCAUCGCAGAAGGCCAGAGGGAGAAGUCAGAAUCUCGAGAGGAUGCUGUGCCCUCCCAGCCAAGGGCGCAAGGGUCACCCUCGGGAGCCAGUAGGCUGCCCACCCGGGAAGCCCUCCCAUCUCCCACCCUCCCACCAAAGACCUCCCCUGGCCGGGAAGAAGUGCCUUUUGUCUAUAAGCCCCAUGGUGGCGGGCACGGCCCCAGCAGAGAGGUUGCCGUGGUGAUGCCCACCCUGGCCGGAGGAGAGGCUGCCGGGCUGGGGGGCCCUGUCGGGGUGAAGGAGCCCCAGGGCCUGCCCGCGGACCAGCUCCUCAGACACCCGGUGACGGGGGAGGUGGUGGAGCAGGGCUCCCCCAUGGCCCUGCUCCUGGCAGCCCGGCAGAGGGCGCAGAAGGGGAGGCUGGGAGGGGCCGCCGUGGGGCGGUCCUCGCUGCCCGGGAGUCUCCGCGGCCACAACAGCCCGCCGGAGGCCAGCUCCGACAGCAUUUUUUAUAGCGAGGGCCGCCCCAACUCCUUCACUGUGGUCCCCAAGCCAGCCAAGGAGGUUGAGAGGGACUCUGCGCCCAGCUUAUCGGCCGGGUCCUCGGUUCCCAGCCAGUGGACGCCCCAGCCCCGCAGAGACCCGGAGGGCACAGACCCCAUCCAUAGGCACAAAUGGACGAAGGCUGAGCCCCAGGCCCCGGUGGCCUGGGAACUGCCAGCUCCCCCCAGCCUGCGCCAGGGACGCCUGCUGCCCAAAUCCUUCUCGUCGCCACCUUCCCCUUCCUUCAAGAGGGAGGAGGAGGAGGAGGAAGAGUUCAACUAUGAGGUCAUCCCACCACCCCCGGAGUUCAGCAACGACCCCGAGCCCCCCCUCCAGCAGCCCGGCCACAGGGGCUCCCCUCCCCGGAAGGACUUCUCAGACUUGGGGCGGCCCCUGGGCGCCGGCCUCGCGGCGGCUCCCGGCUUCUCGCGCUUCCCCAGGGCUGCGCCCUACUCCGAUGGCGGGGGACCCCAGCGCUUCUCGGGUGCCGGCCGCUCGCUCAUCAAGAAGCGCCUGUACGUUGGGGAGCCCCUGCGCAGCUCCGCGCUGCCCCGCAGCGGCCCCGGCCGCAGCCUGAGCACCCCCAACUGCUUUGGGCCGCAGCCAGGAGCCCCCUUCGCCGCAUCCGCCGGCCCCGAGAUGCGCCGGGUCAACUCGGCCGGCCGCGCGCCCCCUGGCGGCCUGCACACACCCAGGCCGGCCCCUGAGGGCGCCCCCCGGGGCAUCACAGAGGCCAGGCCCAGAGGCGGCAGCGGCGACUACGGCUUCGCUCCAGCCGCAGGCAGGUCUCCCCGCAGCACCCCCCACUACGGAAGCCCCAUCAACACAUUCACCGUACGUCCAGGAACUCGACACCCCAUCUCCUAUGCCUACACAGGGGCCCACCGGAAAGCGGCGUCCUGAGCCCGGGGUUGUCUCAGCUCUCCCCCGAGGGGUGGGACCUGGGCGCCUGUGCUUGUUGGGGGGAUGGGAUGGAUGGGGCAGGUGUGGGGCAGAGGGGGCUGUGGCUGGGGACCCACAGUGAGUGAGAAGCCGCAGGGAAGCUGCAGAGUGGUGUUUCUCGAACCACUGGUGGCUGUGGGCUGUUACAUGUGGGGGGUGGGAAGGGGCUGCAGGGAGGAGAGGGGGACUUUGAAGGCCCUGGGCCCCGGGCUCUGGCUCUCUCUCCAGCGCUGUCUGUUUUAGCAAGACUUAUUUAAAGCAGUUUGACAAGCACAGCCUUCUGAGCAGAUUCUAAAAGCAAGGGUCCCGGCCCUCGCUGUGAAUCGGAAGCCAGGGAGGUGGCUGUGACCGCCUGUCAGGCCCUCACAGGGGCCCAGGCCCAGCCCUGUCCAGCAGGCGCUACAGGCGGCUCUGUAGCCUCCACUCGUUGCCACCCCAAGAGGUGACCCCUGGGAUCCCCGGCCACACUGAAGCGAGACCAGGGGUAUGCAUGCCCAACUUGUGGAGAAGGUUCUGGAACAGAGGCCCUUGGCAUUGGCCAGGAGCAGGGGUGGGCAGAUGGAUGGUUUGUUUCUCCCUGGCUUUGAGGGAGGAGACCUGGCAAGUUUGAGAUGAGACAGGCCCUUGCAACACUGACAUGGGGGACGGGGCCCAGGGAGCUGUGUGGUCAGAGGCCUUACACGGCCGGCUCUUGUGGAAUUUGGAGGAUACUGCAAGUGCCCAGUAUUACUGAGGCCUUCACACGUGUAGCCGGGAUGCUGGGAGAGUGGAAGGCAACAGAGAACAGCUGUCCGAGAGGAGUUUGCUACAGGAGAGGAUGAGUUUUGGAAAGUCACGAGUGGCCGGGCUAGGCCAGCUCCGAGGAGACGAGGCCCAUCAGGAGGGUGGCCAUUUGGUCUUGCCGGGUGGCCCAGGAUUUGCUUGUUUCCCAGGAAACUAGACCCCAUUCCAUGUUUCAAAAAGGGUCCUGGUUUGAAUGAUAUGUGGUUGCUAAGCAUAGCAGGGGCAGCAUUUCUUGGUCUGGUGGCCUGUGUUCCAGUCGUGCCCCAGCACAGCACGGGCCCUAGAGCUAUGUGUGUGUCCACUGGUUUAUAAGGCUUGAGGGCUGGGGCGUGGGGAGGGCAGAGGAGGGCUGGGUCUCACUUGGUUUGGGAAAUAAACAGGCCGGUUUGGACUGGC